AUGUUAUAUAUUAUUUUACCCCUAGUAAUAUAUUUCAAUUAUGUGUUCUACUCCACAUAUGGUUAUAUAAUAGGUGAUGUAAAGGUACAUCAACUAAACAAUAUAAUAAAUAAGAGGAUCAUAAAAAGUCGAAAAGUAAGUAUGUUCAAAAUAAAUUUACAAAAUGAUUUUAACUAUGAAAACAAAAGGUUUUAUAAUAAUAUGAAUAGAAAUGUAAUGAAUGAAAAAUCUUUAAAUAAAAUAAUGUUAAUAGGAAGAGUAGGAUGUGAACCAGAUAUAAAAAUAUUGAAUGGUGGUGAUAAAGUAGCAACAUUUAGUUUAGCAACCAAUGAAUUCUGGAGAGAUAGAAAUACUAAUGAAUUAAAAUCUAAAACUGAUUGGCAUAGAAUUGUUGUUUAUGAUCAAAAUAUUGUUGAUUUAAUUGAUAAAUAUUUAAGAAAAGGUAGAAGAGUAUAUGUUCAAGGAUCAUUACAUACAAGAAAAUGGUAUGGUAAUGAUGUAAAUAAUCAACCUAAACAAAUAACAGAAAUUAUUUUAUCAUAUAAUAAAGGAGAUUUAAUAUUUCUAGAUGAUAAAAGAAAUUUUAUUCAAAGAAAUAAUGCAAAUAAUAUAAAUGCUGAAAAUCAACAACAUAUAAAUAAUGAUCACAUCAAUAAUGAACAUAUAAAUAAUAAUGAUAAUAAUAAUAGUAAUAGUAAUGAUUUCAUUCCUUUAAGUGCAAAUGAUAAAAUUAUAGAAGAUAAAGAAUUUAAUGAUACCCUAGAUAAUAACAAUGAAGAAGAUAAUUUUCAAUCAAACAAUGAUGCUUUUGACAAACAUGAGGGAAUAUAUGACAAAAUGAAUGUCCAAGAAUUUGAAGAAUGA